AAAAAUAUACGAGUGAGGAAUGAAGGGGAUUUUUUUUGUGCGUCUGUAUGUAUGCGAAAUAAGUAAAUACCGAAGAAGAACACAGCGUUGUGUACGCAAACAAGCCUCGGAUAUGAGUUAAAUUAUCUUUACGCCGUGCUAAAAGCUCAUCAGGAUGAUUCCUGUGGUGCCUGAGCUGUUCACUCAUGUCUUGGCUGAGUUUGACAGUUUUGAGCCUUUAAUUUCUGCCCUACGUCUUGAUUCGGGCAGACUCAAGUGCACAUGCCUUGCAGUGUCACGGAAAUGGCUUGCUCUGGGCACCUCAGCAGGGGGCCUGCACCUUAUCCAGAGGGACGGAUGGAAACAGAGACUUAUCCUCAGCCACAAGGAGGGUUUACUCACACAUAUAGCAUGUUGCCCUCAUGAUGAUGACUUUAUUGCUGUCGCAACAAGUGAGGGUCUUAUAGUAAUUUGGGAGCUGCAGGUGGAGCGGCGAGGUCGUCCUGAGCGGGCAUGUGUAUCGUGGGAGCAUAGAGGCCAGGCCAUAACAGCUCUGUGCUGGGACACAGCAGCCCUACGAGUGUUCAUUGGAGACGCAGCAGGGAAAGUGUCCUGUGUACGUGCUGGUACCUCCAAACUUGGCAAGGGUUCAUCAUUUGUGAUUUUCCCAGUUCAGACCAUCACGACAGUUGACUCUCGAGUGGUGCAGUUGGGGUACCUCGAGGGUCAUCUGCUGGUCUCUUCUCUUAGCCGCUGCUACCUCUGUGACACUGAAAGGGAGAAGUUUUGGCGGGUGGGAAAUAAGGAACGCGAUGGAGAGUACGGCGCUUGCUUUUUGCCGCAGCUGCAGACCGGAUCAAGGACACCAGGCGCAGGCACUGCCCAUCUCGUGUACUGUGCUCGUCCAGGCUCGCGCAUCUGGGAGGCCAACAUCAACGGAGAAGUGCUGAGCACCCAUCAGUUUAAGCAGUUGCUUGCCUGCCCUGCUCUGCCUCUCAUAUCCUACAAGAAUGAGCCACACUAUCCUCCAGGUCAGAAGAGUCCUCAGUCUCUCGCCUUCCCUCGCCUUCUUCAUGUCAGUGAUCAUAACCUCCUGACAUGGACAGAUUCUGCUAUUUAUAUCUUUACGCCCCACAAUGGGCAGGUUUUGCUGUGGACCAAAAUUAAAGAUAUUGUAGACAUAGCAGUGUAUCGCAAUGAGCUGUUUUGUCUCCAUGGUGAUGGGCAUCUGUCUCACCUGCUGUUAAUGACUGUUGAACGCUGUGUGGAGAGACUGAUGAAGCGAGAAAGCUGGACACUGGCUGCUACUGUCUGUUGCAUGUUCCAGCACGCUAUAGUAACAUCCAGGGCAAGAAAGACCACCCCUGUUGAUCGCCUAGAACAUCUCAAGGCCCAGCUGAACUCCAGCUCACAGAAGGAACUGAUUGGCCAGCUAGAGGCAGUUAUUAGCAAGUUAGAGCCUUUUGACUCUGCAUGUAGCAGUCGCAGAAGCAGCAUCUCCUCUCAUGAAAGCUUCAGCGUGCUGGACUGUGGGAUCUACCGUGUCAUCAGCCGUAGAGGCAGCCAGUCAGAUGAGGAUGCCAGCUCCCUUGUUAGCCAGUCAAUGCUGGAGGAGGAAAGGAUGAAGGAGUUUAUCUUUGCUCAGGACGAGGAGCAGGUGGAGCCUGACCCUCCGUCAUGUGUCCGUGUAGAAGGGGACAAAUCUGAUCUCAGCCUGCAGUUCCACCUCCCACUCUCAUUCCGACCAAAACCACCACUCAUCGCAUUGCAGGCUGUUAAAGACAGUGUUUCAAGCUUUGUGAAGAAGACUACCGAAAAGAUUAACAAUCUACAGAUGAACUCUGACAUCUGGCCCCGAACUGACCACAGGGAUGGUGGACAGGGAGAGAUCGCACUCUCUGUGGCUUCUUGUACAGAUGAAAUAUACAAUGAGGAGAUUGUUGAGCAAUCAGAUGAGUUACACGAGCUUAGUGCAGCAACAGAGAAAGCCAUCUUGAAGAUCCAGGACCCACUUGUUCUUUUUGAUCCCGGAUGUUUAACAGAGGUUCUCCUAGAGUGGGUUCUUAUUCUGGAAAGGGUCUUGGGUCAAGUGGACCCCACAAUCACAGAGAGGGAAAGCAGUGUGAUAAAGGAUGAGAAGAAGAGCUUAGAAAUCGACGAUGACCCAGACAGCCAGACUUGUUCUUCUGUCACUCAGAACAACAGUGGAGUGGAAUGCCAGGCAGAAUCGGAGCAUAAUUCAAUCCUCAUAGAAAAAGAAAGCCUUAUAGACAGUAACCUCAGCUCCAAUGCUUUAGGUGCGAUGUCUCCAGUAGCCAUUGUAGCACCAGUGGAUUACACCCUGCCAUCAGAUCUCCAGGAUGACCUCUCUCAGCUUGCGUGCCUCUACUUGGAAUUAGGCUGCCCAUAUGGAGAAGGAGACAGAGGGUUGGAGAGGGUUUGUGUGUUUCUGCGAAGGUUCUUUUUCUUGUUGGAUAAGGAGAGACUAAGGAAGAUGUGCACUUUGAAAUACAGGGAGCAACCAGACAUCCUAAAAACUUACAUUGCUUGUAUGCUAGAGUUUACUCAGGCCAGUAAGGUGGUGGAAGUCAUUGAGAAAGGAGAUUUACUAAAGUCACUGCGCAGUCUGAAAGAGCUGCAGCCCUGGAAUGCUCCAGUGCUUCUCACACACCUUUACAGACUGUAUGAGAAGCAUGAGGAAAUGGCGGUUCGAGCAUACCCCCAGUUCUAUCCUACAAUCCUCCCCUCUGACAUCAUAGCCAUGGUUCAACCUAGUCAUUUUUUGCCUUACCUAGACAACCUGGUUCAGUCCCAAGCUGAAUCACAAAGGCUCUCUUUUUUAGGGUCACUUCUCCAGCCUGAGACGUUGCGACAAGUUUGGUUGGAUCUAGCUCUUACCCAUGAUGCACCACGGAAAGAUGACACACUGACAGCUGACGGACACCCAAAGUGGCACUCCCACUACUUCUGCUGGGGUUAUGGACGUCUGCUGUCUUUGCUAAUCCGCCUGCCUGCUGACUUAAACUCCAAACAGAAUAUGAUGGAGUCAUGCAAACUUCAUGGUUACUGGACAGGCUAUCUCUACCUGUGCAAAGAGCUGCAACGGCGCCCUGAAGCUUUCUCUGCCAUCUCCAAAUUGGAUGAUAUGAGUCUCCUGGAGGAACCCAGUGGUAUCGCUCCACAAACCAUGGAUGAAUGGAUGUUCCUCAUUCAGCUUUGUCAUAAGAAAAAACCCACAAGCACUUCACCAGCCAUUUCACUUCUUCCUUCUGACCCUAACACCUGUCCCUCCACACCCAGCACAGUUAAUGGUACCCGUGCAGAUAUGUGUGUGGACAACAGGAAUGGUGAGGGAGGAGAUGAUGUUGAUGAUGAUGAUGAUGUGCCAGCUGACACGAUUAACGGUUCGCCAGAUUGGAGCAGCCAGAUUACUGUGGAGAAGUUAGUAUUGUGCCUGGCUCAGAUUGUAGGUCCGGACCGGGCCCUAGCAGCACUGAAGGAUUGUGGGCUGAAAUCGGAGCUUAACACUCACACUACACUGGUGUGUGAUCUGCUAAGAGUGGCAGAGAAGCGCCAAAGAGCUCUAAUCCAGACCAUGCUGGAGCGAUGUGAUCGGUUUCUCUGGUCUCAGCAGGCCUAAUGAAGAAUCUUCUUCCCUGACAUCUUCAUGUUUUUCCUGCACCUCUCCACCCAGCACCAGGACUGCACUAAUCUGCCUGCACUCUUCUAUUCUCUGCUAGUCUUGCAAAGGAUGAAGUAGUUAUAUAAAAGUACGCUACUGUAUGUUUGAAAGUGUGAAUCAUUUAUGGACUAAAACUAUUUUCCAAAUUUGUAAAUAAUGUUACAGAAGUUCUACCUAACCUUAAUUUAAAUAUUUAAUUUUGCUGUUACAUACUGUAAACAUGCAUGAUGUGGAUACAUUUCAUCUGUUCUUCUGCCUGGUCCUCUAAUUUUUACCUUUUGACAGUAUUAAUAUUUUGAGAUAUUACUUAGUGUUGAAGUCAAACCGGGACUUUUGAUUGCACAGUAUAACAGAACACAGUUAUAAUAUUAUUAUUUCUCUAUAUUAUCCCUGCUACAAUAAUGAACUUAUCACAGCAUUUUAUUAGUGGUUGAAUACCAUCAAGGUUGAAAGUUUUCUCAGUAGACUGGACCCAUGACCAGACUGCCUGCUACACGUCUGAAACGAUGGCCUCCUUUUAUGGUGCCAACUUGUGGAAAUGCUUGGAAGUGAGGUCAGGACUGUACUGGGAACUUCCUAGUUCCUGUGCAGUUCCCACAGACAGAUUCUUUACUUUUGCAAGUUGGCAACAAGAAAUGAGACGAUUUUUAAGGAUCAGGCAUUGUACUUACUAAAUUUUCACAGGAAUUACUUCAUUGGGCUUUGAGCCUCUUUGGCCAGAGUCGGAUAUACAGCCUUCUUUAAAAGGUUUGCACCAUCCAAACAUUUUACUGCGGCUAAGAGUGUGAUCACUGUACUUUGAAGUCUUCUGUUGAAUGUCAAGUCCCAGUUUAUCUUAAACUCCCCUUGUAUGUGCUUAGUUAUUUAUCUAUUGAACUGAACUUUUUUUAAUGUAGCCUUAAAAACAAAAAGAUUAUUUGAACAAAUUCCUUUUAGAUGUUUAAUAGAAAUAUUCAUUUGAAAACUUGUGAAGACUUAUUUAAAGAAUAUGUAAUAAAAAUGAGAGUAUUGUAUAAACUUUGCCUUUAGUUUGCCAUAGACUUGCAGCUGUGGCAACUUUAGUAACUAUAAUAAAAUUUAAAAAGGUGAAAUUCCGUGUUAA